CUCGUCUGCUUUGCUGGACAAGCAAUAUAAAUAUCAUUCCUGGUUAAUUAUUUUUAGAUCUUGCUCCGUUCUGAAAAGCUAAUCUUCAAGCAAAUGCGUCUCCAGCCAUCAUUCUCGGUGAUCACGUUGGCCCUACUAUGCGUGGCCUACAGCGAUGCAAGGAGCACCAGCAACGCGACCAAUAUGAUUCUACAGUACAUCGACGAAGGAAAAAUUGAGUGGGCGAGCAACGCGUUCCUUAGGUUGCCGGAAAACAGGGAUGAAUUAUUGGCAGGAAUUAUCAGCAAGGCUUACAACGGGAGCACAGCAAAAUUGUUGAAAGUCACAAAAUUUGCCGACAGCGUAAAAUACUUCAAUUCGGAAAAAAUCGCUUUCGACACUUUGUACAAAGAAAUGGAGAAGAACGGCCACCUGAGCGAAAAGGAAGUUUUUUACCAGUAUUGCGUAUUAUCGCGGAUAAGCAAUGCCCCUUUUUUCAAAGCGCAGGACGGGCCUCUUAAAAAUGCAUUGCUAACGCUAAAGAGCAAAUUUGCUGCAAAAAAAGAAGUCUUCUUAAACUCGCUAGCCCUAGAAAUCUAUCAAGAUUACAAAAACCAGAAAAGCAAGCAAGUUUUUGAAUUGUUUCAAUAUUCUUAUUCGGAAUGCUUCGUCCCGGAAUUGGUACAGAAAUUAAUGUCCUCGCAAAGUAUAGAAUUCAAAACCAUAAUUAGUCAUAGUUUAGAAACUCCUGGUAAAAAGCAACAAUGCAUCUAUUUGGAGGAGCUGAAGAAGGGUUUGGAAUCGCGUGGUAAAAAAGAUUCGUUGGAAGACUUGGUCGUCUGGACAAGCGCCAAGUACAACCUUUUUAACACGACCGGUGGGGACUUGAGCUCUGAUCGGUAUUCAGAAAAGUGCAAGGCGAUUUACGAGCAGCCGCCCAUCAGCAAGUUGCGUUUCCACGACCAGUACAUCUCAAAAGUGGCGCAGGGCAGCGUCGAUGAUAUCAAAAAGUGGCACCAAGACUAUCCUAUCAUGCGAUUCUUCUUGGCCGACGUCAUCCAGAGUUUGCCGAAAGAUCAAGUGCAGAAAUCAAACGUCAACAAAUGGGCAAAUUUUUUCGAACAACUUCCCCUUGAAGACAAAUGUCUCUCUGCAAAAACGUUGCUUGACCAACUGGAAAAAUUCUCCUUACUUAAAGGUCACGAGCACUUCAGAAUUGCAAACGUCCUGAUGAAAAAUGGCGAAUACAAUAAAUUUUGCUCGGUCGUAAAAGACAGCUUGCCGCGCGUGUUCGAGCAACUAAUCUCUGGAAAAACGGGCAACUGCAGGCUGAUUAACAGAUUUUACAGCGAACCUCUGUACUGCACAUCGGUGUUACGCUCCGAUGAGCUCGGACGCAAAAUUUAUACUUGGGUUUCCAAAGAGAACGCCGCGGACCAGCACUGGCGAGUCCAGAUAAGACCAUCAGACGCACGCGUUUCCUUUUUUAACAUUGAACGUGAGCGCCAGUUGCGUCACGUGCAGGGAAAAAUCGUUCGAGGAGGAGGAAAUGGAUUGACCGACAAAGAUUAUUUCCAACUGGCGGCUGUUGAUGGCGACUACCUAGUCAUCGAAUCGUCUGUCGAAAACAAAAGGCUCCUUGCGACGUCCGAAGAAUGUGCCAGUUCAAGGCGUUGCGUCGAAAUGGGAGAUUACGAAAAGGGCAACACAAAAUUUCAUUGGUCACUUCAAUGCAAUUAGCUAUUUUUUGCCCACCAUAUUGACUAUUAGUUGUCAAAAAAUUUUAAUCUUUAAUCACAAUUGUUUAGCAAAAUGCAAUUUAUAGAAAUUCAAUUUUUAAUUAAAAUUAAUGGUGUUUUAAAAAAAUUUCAAUUCAAAAUAAUUCCAGAGCUAGGUCAAAAAUAGCUGUUCAAUUUAUAAUCACUAUACGUCUAUCGCAUUUAAUAUGCGAUCUUUUUUAAAUAAAAUGCGCAGCAAGUUGAAAAUAGUUAUAACAAUGUGAUUGUAUCAUUUGGAAAAAUAAAAAAUUUAAUAUCUCGU